AAUGUCUAAAAAUGCUACGCGAACCAGCAGCAAACCGAACGCCCGAAGUGAUGCAUUGCCUAGGAAAGCCACAAAAUUACCGGCAACAAGUGUGCCAACGACCACAACAGCCAGGGAAUCAAAGGAUCGGAGGUCACUGGUCAGGCAACCGGAAAGUCUGGAAAGUGAAAAAAUUGCAAGGAAAACCGCAGCAACAGUUCUAACUUCGACCAGCAAAAAGCCGUUAAACACAACAAAAAGCAAAGAAGCAAGGGAACCCUUGGGCAAAAGAACCACUCCAUCCCCAGGAGCAUUGCGUGCUAGCAGCCGGCUAACACCCACGACAAGCAACCCGCCCUCCAAGACCAAGCCACCUGUAUCCAAAUCUAAGCCCAAUGCUGUUCUGGACACUUACCACAGUGUCACAGUGGCCUCGCCACCGCAAAAACGCAGAGAGAAGGCAAAACAGGAGGAACCAGCUGCAGUAGAGGCCCCACCUCCGGCUCCGGCUAGAACCCGCACCUUCACGCGCACCCUGCAGCCGGAGGAAGUGGUGGUUCUUAAGCAAGAAUCGAAAAAGCAACAAAGCGAUGUGGAGAAGCACCCGGAAGUUGAGAAGCCCCCGGAGCCUGUCAAACAACCUGUGGCCUUUGAAGUCAAGUUCGAGGAGGAGAAAAAGUCCGAUCAGGAAUCCGAUCACUAUUCCGAUGACUUUGAGUCCUACGAGUCAGAUUUCGAGACAGAUGCCAGCACGCCCGGGGAAGACGAAGGAGAAGAAGAUGACAAGGAAGAGUCACCUCCAUCCGAGGCGGAUGUGGAGGAAGAGGAGGACGAAUACGAGCCAGAGGUGGAAGAGGAGGACUCUGAGCCCACACAAAACCCCAUUACCGUGAUCCAGCGCGAUAGGGAUCAGGAGCGUAAGCUGGACUCCGGUCACUACGAGAUGCACUUGCGUCGGAAUCCUCUGCAGCAGCAGCAACAUCAGCACUACGACAGCUUCGAUACCAACUCCAUGGCCAACUCAGACCAACUGGACUCCGGCAUCAGCACUACAGGUGGUGUAGAGAAGCCCCAGGGUGGGGAAGAUUGCGGCAUCACCACCUACUACGGCGGCUACUCCGGUUUUGUGUCCCACCCCGUGAUCAGUCACCGCGGGGAGGAGCUGAUGGCCAAGCUACGCUUCGACCAGCUCAACUACCAUCUGUUCGAAAUGAAACCCUUGAGCUACGAGGGCUUCAUGCAGAGUUACGGCAAGCUGAAUGCCUGCCAGCUGGCCACGCAAACUGAGUCGCCCCACAUGGACGGCGAGUGCCAGACACAGGAGGUGCACACACGGAGCAGCUGGACGCAGCAUCCGCCGCACUAUGGCGGUCAAUUGGUGCUCAACUGUAGUGGUGAUGCGGAGGGCGAGAUGGAGACCCUGAAAGUCCAGCCUAGAGAUGAGUACGAAGAGAGUCUCGCCCGUUUGGAGCGACUGCAUCGCAUGGAACAGGUACGCUCGCAGCAGCAACAGAGUCGGAGAUUGGCCAAGAGCACGGAUCUGGAGCGACUGAAUGCGUUUAUGCACAAGGCAGCCCUUCUGAUGAGUCGGGUGUUGGAUGGCAACAAGAACCAGAACCAGACUCACACUAGUAAUACCAGAAAUAUACCCCUCCAAACUGGACUCUUGAAUGCCCUUCCUGUGCGUCGCAUCUUUGGAAGCUCUGCUGGCAAUGGACAACUGGUGGUCACUGUUCACGAAUGCCCACCGGAGAGCAACGUAUACAGCGAAGAUUUUGCCAACCUACUGAUGGUUUGGUCCCUUACCAAUCCCGGGCAGCCUUUGAGACUGCUUUCCACCUGGGCGGAGGUGAGCCGUGUGGCGCUUUGCAGCGAAGCUCCCGACAUUGUGGUGGCCGGACUCCGGGACGGCAGUGUGGCUAUGUGGGAUCUGCGUGAAACGCACAGUUACUGCUCCAAGUUGGAUGGCCAUUUGACUCACUUUGCGGCCACACAGUCUGUGAUACCCAUGCUGGAGCAAAUGCAUCAGUUGCAGGAAGUAACGGCCGCCAUAGAUCUGGGAGCUGUGGUGGAUGUGCGCAGCUUUCGAUCUCCAUCGAAGGGCGGAGGAGCCAUGGCCACAGCGGGAACAACCUUCAAGGAUGUGCAGUACGCCGCUCUCAAUGACUCAGGCCUACUAACCAUGUGGACUCUGGUGGAAGGAGCUUCAUCUAGUAAUACCAACGAGUUCAGCUCACCUUGGGCACGGGUUAAGCUCCUCCAAAGUGCCUGCUGUGAUCUCAGGGGCUACCUGGAGCGACGCCUUCUGAAGAGCAAUACAAGUGCUUAUGAGAAGACCAAGAGCCUGUUUCAGGGUAACAUCUACAGCGACGACCUGCUACGGGAGCUGAACGAGACCCAGACGCUGACCACCGCCCUGCAGGGACAGGGAUUGCAGGGCAUGCGCUUCACCAGCAUUGAUACCGGAUGUGAUCUCAUCUACGUCUGCACCAACCGAAACUUUGUGCUCUGCUGCACGCGAAGCCUGAAACCGGAGCGCUUCACCAGGAUAGCGGUGAAUGAGAGCAGGUUUCUCUUUCCCACCUCGCUGUGUGUGCUCUCCAAUGAGAGCUAUGUGGCCGUUGGUCUGUCCAAUGGCUCGGUGAUGAUACUCAACUGUAAUCAGCGACAAAGGCAGCGCCAGAAGGGACCCCAAAGACCCAUGACAGGUCACCCGCCGGCCACCGCUGAGCCCGAUCCGGAAACCGGCAAAUCGUGUGCCAUUCAGAACAUUAUACUUAACGAGCGGCGGUCCUUUGACCAGCAGGUGGACCCAAUGGUAGGCAGCAGCUACGAUGCCAGGCCGAAUACUGCUUUGGAACUAAUUGAGCGACCCAGGCGCUCCUAUGAGAUGCGGGUUUUUGACCAGCAGUUACUCUUGAGUGGCAGCGGCCUGCGUCAGCAUCUUGUCCAGGCCCUGAUCCUCUCCAGCGAUGGCUGGCGACUCUCGGCUCUGGCCGAUGGCGCGGUACGGACCUACGACUUCUAUCGGGAUACGGAGCUCCUAACCAGCCGCGAACAUCCGACGGAGAGGCGGCUGAAAGUGACGGAUAUAGCGGGUGCUCGCAGCUCUGGCAACGAACAGCACCUGCUCAUCCUAGACUCUGCUGGCCAGGUGCAAAUGCAGCCACUUGAUCACUAG